AUGAGGGGCAAGCUCAGUGGAGCGGAGAAAGACGAUCUCAGAUCCCUGGAGAAGAAGCUAGAAAAGCGUCUCAAUACCGGCUAUCGCACUUCUUGCAUUCGGACGGCAUUGAUGAUUCUCGAGAUGGGCUUCGAGCUCAAGGAGGAACAGAUGGGUAGAAUGCUCGCGCAGUGCAUGCAGCGACCUGGCAUUGUGCAGAUAUGCAUGACAAUCAAGCUCUUGCAGAUUGUCCCAAAUGCCAGCAUUCCGGUAGAGCACUUCCUGCGUGGUUUGGGUGUCCUCGUACAGCGGAAUUUCCCAGUGCAGAUCCUGCGAAUGUGGCUCAACAUGGGCUGCCCCAGGGAUCAGCGAUCUUUGCGUGCGCUGCCGUAUGACUACGAUGAUGAUGAGAAGAGGAUGGUGGCACAGGAUCUUGAGGACGCUUUAGGUGUCAUCACCGAUGACGAGGAAGACCGCCGAGGGGCAGACCGGCGUGUAAUUCUCGUUCAGGAAUGCAAAGCCAGACCCGAACUAAACGGCAAGUACGAGCGCUCAUCAGAUUUGAUGGCGCACGGCCGCCCUGUGUUCGAGAAGAAGGCAGAAGUCCGAAAUCGAAAGGGCAAAGGAAAAGGCAAAGGCAAGCACGACUCAAACGAGAUGAAGCGGCUGCUGAUGCCCCACAUGUUGGAUGAUGAUGACAUCACUAUUGAAGUCAUGGUCAUUCACUACAAGAAGGACAGGAAUGGCAUCAACACCGGCUGGUGGAUCAGUAAAAAUACCUGCACAGGCCCUGGUUUGGCCUGGAAUGGCCGCGACACCAAAGGCCCGCCCACAGGCGGUUGGUUUGUUAUUCGCGACCGUCAGAAGCUCCCAGAUCCAGUGAACAUCAUUGAUCCGAAGCAAGCUAACGACGAAGCUUAUCAGAAGAAGAGAAAGCACGAGGCUUCGAAAGCUUUGGAGCAGCUAGACGGGAACAAGCUAAAGGGUCGUCUUCGAGUCAAAGACAAGAAUGUCAUGGCGUCCGAGUACUUCGGACAUUUCUGUAUGCUCAUGCAUCUCGAGCACAUGGAGGAGCUCCGCCAAAUCAGGCGGCGCACCGAGACAAUGCAAGAUGCUGAGCUCCAGCGAUUGGGCUGGUGCUUGGACGGUCUCCCAUGCAUCGGCAUUUUCGGCAGACGUGAUCCAAAGAAGACCACGAUCAUCGGCUGGGAAGAUCCUGGGAGUGAGAUGGGAACACUUCAGCUUCCGCCAAACACGCAGUUCGAUCGCUUGAAAUUCAAGCGCGGCGAUUCUGUCAUCAUUAGCGAGUCCAGACAGCAGGUUCGGGUGAAAGGCGAGGCCUUGGAGAAGUUGGGUGAAGGCUUCAUUGCAGACAUCCAGUUGCCUCGUGGCCGCGACGGCGAGAGCAAGAUGAUUGUCCGUCUUCGCGGCUGCUGGCCAGAUGAUGCAAUGGCCCGGCGAUGGCGCAUCGACAAGGGAGCGAACAGCACCCUUUAUGAGCGCCAAUUGCAGGCCAUGCUAAAUCUCGUGAACAAGGAUCGAUCGCGCGUGCCAGAGCUCCUUAUUUCUGCGAAGGUUGGUCUGGCAGACAGCUGGGCCAAACAAUGGAGAAAAGGUCAAGGAGUCACGGAGGAAGAUAAGGAGUUGGCAGCAAAGGCUGCGGAACAAGCUGAAAAAGAUGUACUGCGAGAGAAGGAGGCAGCAAAGCUUGCUCGGUUGAAUCCUGGCGGAUGCGAGUCUGACAAGUUGGACAAGGCGCUGAAGGAAGUGAAGACGCUGUCCCAUCUCAACCAGUCGCAACGGGAUGCGGUGCGCUCUGCUUUGCGAACGACGUGUACGGUCAUCCAGGGCCCGCCUGGCACAGGUAAGACCCACGUGUCUGUCCAAAUCAUGAAGAUGUGGUCCAAGACCCUAGACCUUUCACCUCUGCUGGCCACUUCUGACAGUAACCCAGCUGUGGAUAACAUCGCCAUUGGUCUCCGGAAAGAGGGUGUUCGGGCAGUACGAGUUGGACGCCCAGACAAGAUCAACCGAAUCCUGGAGGAGAUCACGUUGGAGUGUUUGCUGGACAAGGAAAAGGAGGAAAUGAAGAACAGGCAGUACGAAGCGAGAUUCAAAUCUCGAUCUCGGUCCAAAACCGGGAGCCCGCAGCGGAAGAAGGUUUCACGGUCCAGGUCCAGGUCGAAGUCUGGUCCGCGCCGAGUCAAGGGAAAAGGCAAAGGCAAGGGCAAUGUCAAAAACGAUUUUGAGCUCCAGAUGAGAAUUCUGCAGGAUGCGGAUGUGAUAUGCACGACCACGAUCUCCUCAGGUGGCGAUUUCUUUUCCAAGUUCGCCUUCGCGGGGGUCUUGAUCGAUGAGGCGGCCCAAGCCACGGAGCUAGCAGCAAUUGUGCCACUCAUCCUCCGAGGCUCGCAGCGCUUGGUCCUGGUGGGUGACCAGUGUCAGCUACCUCCAACAGUGCAAUCCAGCGAGGCAGAGGAGAGAGGCCUCUCGCUGUCGCUUUAUUCGCGAAUGGUGGAUUCGGGUGGGCUGAUGCCUUUCCUUCUAGACACGCAGUACCGAAGUCAUCCCGUCAUCGCCGAGUUCUCAGCUCGGACUUUCUACGCUGGAAAGCUAAAGUCCGGCAUUAGAGGCGAGGACCGAAAGCAGAUCCGUGGUCUGCCGUGGCCCAACUACCAAUCGCCCAUUGCCUUCAUCGAGUCCAACGGCGGCGAGGAGGAAGAGGGCGAGUCGAAAUUUAACCCCACGGAAGCGGAGGUUGUACAGAGACUCGUCCAGGACUCCUUUUUCCAGCGCGAGCUGGAAAUUACGGAGAUCGGGGUUGUGACCCCGUAUGUUGCGCAGGUGCGGCUCCUGAAGCGGAUGUGCAAGCAAGUCAUACCGGAAGGGAUGGACCCAGAACUUUUGGAGAUUGCCUCCGUGGAUCAGUUCCAGGGUCGUGAGAAGGAUCUGAUUAUCUUCUCAGCGGUCCGCUGCAACAGGAUCGGAAAUGUUGGCUUCUUGGCUGACUGGCGCCGAUUAAAUGUCAUGCUCACACGGGCACGACGAGGAAUGGUGGUAGUGGGAAACUCUCACACUCUCAAAGCAGAUGAGCACUGGGAGAAGUGGCUUCAGUUCUACGAGAAGGUUGCUUCAGGCCGAGCGCGCUCUCCCAGCCCAUCAAAGAAAAAGCAGGAAGCUCCUCCAAACGAGACGGAGGAGGAGAAGGAAGCGCGACUAAAGAAAGAACGAAUUGAAGCUGCUCGCAAGCUGUCAAUGGCCAUCCGAUUUCCUGGCCUGGCCAUGGCGCAGCAGAAAAAGAAGGAAGAGCAGCGAUCUCGUUCGAGAUCGUGGUCUCCAGAGGGUGGAGGACUUGUGGGCAAAGCGGACACCAAGUUCAAGGCGAUGGGAGGGCGAACGAAAGCCCGAGUGAAGACGCCAUCGCCUGACCGACCGCUCAAAGUUCAGAAGGCCAUUGGCAUCGGGCGACGGAACAAGGGUGAUGAGUUCACCAAGCCUGCGCCAAACGGAGCUGGCAAGGCGAAAGCCAAGGCCAAGGCGAAGGUGGCCAUUGCAUCAGAUUCGGAAGAGUCUGCGAAAUCCUGA